AUGGCUCCUUCCUCAGAUAUCAAUCAUCUUUCUCAUCCAUGUAUAUUUGGUGAUUAUGUUUCUUCACAUCCAGAGAGAAAGUCUGGUUUCAUGAAAUGGCUUAGUAAGCUUUUCAAAGGCGGGCCUAAUAGAGGAAGGAGCGGUCGUCAUCUUCAUGAUUCUUCGGAGGAAAGUGUGUCUUGGCGUGUUCCAUCUCGAGCUUUGGAUGAUCGCGGUAGAGCUCAAAAGGAGAAAGAGGAUUUGGGCCAUGCAAUGUCACUUUCUUCAUCUGAAGAUUCGAAGAGACCAAAUGCUCAUCAAGGAUAUAGGUGGGGGGAAGGAAAUGGUGAAGAUUAUGGAAAGGCACUUCAUGAUAACUUGAACUCAUCUGCACACCCUCCUUAUGCUCCGGCGCCAUUUUAUCCGAAUGAAUAUCGAAGAAUAUGUGGCGGCUGCAGCCAGGAGAUAAUCUAUGGAAACUGUUUAGGUUGCAUGGAUACUUAUUUUCAUCCAGACUGCUUUCGAUGCCACUCAUGUCGCUAUCCCAUUACCGAGCGCGAGUUUUCUCUGUCAGGGAAGCAUCCAUAUCACAAGUCUUGUUUUAAAGAGUUGACUCACCCGAAAUGUGAAGUUUGCUUCCAGUUUAUUCCAAUAAAUGCUGCUGGUUUGAUUGAGUAUAGAUGCCACCCCUUUUGGUCUCAAAAGUAUUGUCCAUGUCAUGAAUAUGAUAAUACAUCUCGUUGUUGUAGUUGUGAAAGAUUGGAGCCUCGGAAUACGAAAUACUAUGGACUCGAAGACGGGCGAAGCCUGUGUUUAGAGUGCAUGGAAUCUGCUAUAAUGGAUACUGGUGAUUGUCAGCCUCUAUACCAUUCAAUCAGAGAUUAUUAUGAAGGAAUGCUUAUGAGAAUAGAUCAGCAAGUUCCUAUGCUUCUUGUUGAGAGAGAAGCACUUAAUGAAGCUAUUGUUGGAGAGAAAAAUGGAUUUCAUCAUUUGCCAGAAACAAGAGGUUUAUGCCUUUCAGAAGAGCAAACUGUCACCAGUAUACAUAGAAGGCCGAGAAUUGGAGGUCAUCGAUUUAUAGGGAUGAGAACUCAACAUCAAAAGUUGAUAAGAAAAAGUGAAGUUACAGCAAUUCUUGUUCUAUAUGGUCUACCAAGGUUACUAACAGGUGCUAUACUUGCUCAUGAGUUGAUGCAUGCGUGGUUACGUCUUAAAGGCUACCGCAACCUGAAUCCUGAAGUAGAGGAAGGAAUUUGUCAGGUUCUUUCAUAUAUGUGGCUUGAGACAGAAGUUAUGCCAACAAACUAUCAAAACAUGCCAUCAACAUCCACAGCUUCUUCUUCUUCCUCUUCAUCAUCAAAGAAAGGUGCAAAGUCUCAUGUUGAAAACAAAUUGGGGGAAUUCUUCAAGAAUCAAAUUGUCAAUGAUUCUUCCCCAGCUUAUGGUGGUGGGUUUAGAGCUGCUAAUGAAGCUGUUAAUAAAUAUGGUCUGCGUAGUACUCUUGAGCAUAUUCGUUUGACUGGUUUUUUCCCUGUUGUGUAA